AUGAAUACAAGAACAACACCAUUCCCUUUCAGAAGAAACUACUCAUCACCAAGCUGCAAUGGCAGAUACACAUCCGAUUUCAAUACUCCCCAAGAUAAGAUACGGGAUGAUGAAGCAAUUUCUGAUACAAGCAGCUGUAUCGGUAACUAUAAUAAUUCUCCAUACUCUGUUGAUGGAUCCUCAUCCAUUUCUUCUUCCUCCUCAUUCAUGAGGGAUCGAUCCCUCUCUACAUGCUCUGUAAAUGUUUCCCCUCUUUUAAGAAAUUCUUUGGAUUGUUUCUCUUCGCCUCCAAGUUAUGAAACUUAUGAACAACCCAGACAAUUGAUUAAUUGGAGUGAAUACUUUUUCAGUCUGAGUCAAAAACAAAGCCAAGUUAGAACGAGAAAGACAGCCUCUGUCUACCAACAAUUAUAUACUUCAAGCUAUAUGAAAAGAUAUAGAAGUGUUGUCUGUGAUUGGUUCUUUGAAAUACAGUACGCUUUGUCUUUGAGUCAAAGACUCGUCCAUGUUGCUACCUUAUACAUGGAUAUUUGUAUGUAUAGACUUUAUUCCACAAACAGGGUAGCUUGCCCUUCCACUAACAUUGCACCUGGUGAAGGUCUCUUUAGUAUCAAGCAAUAUCUUCAAUUAUUAGCUGCCAGUUGCUUAUGGAUUUCAACCAAACGAGAUGAAACUUAUGGCGACUCAAAACUUAAACUCGAUACCUUAGUACAAUAUUGCUGUGGCAUGUACACCAAACAAAAUUUCCAAGAAAUGGAAGCUUUUGUAUUAGAUUUACUGGAAUGGGAAUUAGAAGAUACUCCUUCUAUCGAUUUUCUUGAUACAAUGAUGGCAUCAGACUCUGAUUUAUCAAGUGAAGAUGACAUGGAGGAUGAAGAAUCAUCUGAAGAAGAGACAUUCAACAACUUUAAGGAAUCUGUUAAACACUACUCGAAAAUGAUUAUUGAUUCCUCAAUACUGAAUACACUCGUUACCGGAUCAAAUAAGGAGAAAAUGGACACUUUUGAGCAACUUAAACAAUUGUUUAAUAUCCAUGUCCCAAGCCAAUACGUUCAACAACUUGAACAUACAUAUAUUUCACUCUGGAUUACCAUGCUUAAUUAUCCAAGCUUAUUGGCUUUAUCCUCACUUCUUUCCGGAUUAUUCUUAUAUCACUUGUAUGAAUCUCCUUUUGAACAAGGCCAAUUAUCUGGUAUUUACCAAUCUGCUGAUAUGACCACCCUGGAACAAUUUGAAGAUGUUCUUUCUCAUUAUUGGACAUCAGACAUGGAAAUGAAUAUUGGUUAUAGUUUGGAACAAGUAGCUAUUUGCUCAAGAAUUCUAUACACAUUCUUUCAUAUUGAGCAAUCAAAAACCUCAGUUGAAGAAAAACCGAAACGUGAAACACAAAGACCAUCAAAUAAUACUCGCAGCGAAACAACUCAUGGAUUGGAUCAAAUGAACUUGGCUUGCAAUGAGCAACUGUAA